AUGACUUGUUCCGGCUGCUCCAAUGCCGUUAACCGUGCUCUCUCCAGACUUGAGGGCGUCGAGAAGGUUGAUAUUAGUCUUGAGAAGCAAGAAGUCGUCGUAGAGGCCUCAACCCUUACACGCGAACAAGUUCUUGCAGCCAUCAAGAAGACCGGAAAGGAAGUCAACGAAUAA